AUGAAUGAGAAUAUAUGUAGGGAUUGUAAAAUGACAUUUGAAUCAAGUGAAUAAUUGGCUAAUCAUGUUAAAAGAGUAUUAAAGCAUAAAUUGAUGAUAGUUUUGUAUAAAUUCUGAUUAUGGUAAUUUAAAUAAAUUGGAACAGAAACAUGAAUAUGUUACAAAACCUGCCUAUCCAGAAAUGAAACCUAGUUUAAAAUAAUAGGAUCCAUAAUCGCUAAAGAAUUAUGGUGGAUAUACAUUAGUAUGUAGAUUUAAUAAAUCAGGACUAAAUCAAAUCAAAUCUAAAAACUAAUGAUGAUGAUUUUAAAAGAUUAGAAAAUGCUGUACUUAGAAAGAAAGAGGAUGAAUUAAUUGAUUAAAUAGAUAAGCUAAAAUAGGACAGAUAAUAAAUGAGAGUAGUUAGUGAUUAAGAUGAACACAUUUAUUCAAUACUGUUACAAGAAGUAGAAUUGAAAAAAGAAAGAGAGUUUUAAUGUAGAAUAGAAAAAGAAUAAAUACGCAAAUUAAUUAAUGAAAUAGAUUCAUGGAAGAUGUCUGUAUUGGAAGAAUAAAAAAAAUAAAUGUUAGAAAAGUUAUUAGUGGAAAGAGAAGAUUUGAAAAAUAAAUAAUUAUAAUUAAUAGAAGAUAUCAAAUUAUUUACUAGAGGACAUAAAACAUUCUUUUCAAUGGAAUAAGCAUAAAGAGUUACUGAUAAUAGAAUAAUAGCAUCAGCUUAAUAUUCAGAAGCAAAAUAAUAAUUAGUUAAAUUACAUACUAGAUUAGAAUAUAUGGAUGCAGAGAGAAAUAGGAUUUAAGAUAAUGUAGAGAGAAUUAAAUUAGGAGAUUUUGGGGAAGUAAGAAGAGGAGAAUCUUCAAAAAAUAGUAUACGUAAUAGUUAAUAAAUAUUGAAUGAUUAAACUUAAAUAAGAAAUCAUUAGAAUUAUGAAGAAAUUGCUAGGAUGAAAGAAAAAAUAGCUUAAGAUGCUUAAAGAUUAGAAUAAUUAAAAAGAGAAUAAAUGGAAAGAGUAGAUAGAUUGAAAACAUCUAGACCUUAAUCUCAUUUAUCAAAUUAAGUUAUAGAUGAAUUAUAAUAAUUAAAAAAUGAUUAUUAAUAAGCAGGAGGUUAAGAUCCUAAGUUUUUAAAUGAUGUAAAUAAUUUAGAAUCCUUUUAUAAAGGCGCAGUAUAAUAACCAUAGUAAUUAUAAUAAUCAUAAUAAUAAUUUUAAUAAUAAUAAUAAUAAUAACCUAAUUACUUUUAAUAAUAAUAACCAAUUUAAAUAUAUUAAUAAUAACCUAUGUUUAUUAAUCCUUAAUAAUAAGAAAUUUAAACAAUUAAACCAAAAAAGAAAGAUUUUAAUGAUCCAUUUUAAUAAUUUUCAAGAAAGAAAGAAUUUUUCUUAUAAAAUAAUGUAAGAGGAGUUGAUUUAACUAGAGAAGAAUAAAUAUUGAUGAAUUUACAGGCAUAAGAAGUAGAUUCUUUAAGAAUGAUUUCAAGAAUUCCUAUAGGAACUGAAAUUUAUAGAUUUAAAAUGGAGUAAUAUAAAGAAUUGUCAACUAUGAGAGCUGAAAUGGAAAAAAUUAUUUAAGAAUAAAGAUUAUAAAGAGUAAGAAGAAAUUUUGAAAAGAAAAGAAGAGAAAAGGAUAAAGAAUUUGAAAAUAAUAAAUGGGUUGAUGAUCAAAGGAAAUUUAUAAUAGAAAAUAGAUUAAGGAAUGAUUUUGGAGAAGCAAGAAAAGAGAGUCAUUUAUAUGAUCCAGCUGAAGGAUUAGUUAUUCAUUGGGAUUAUGUUUUGGGAUUACCUAGAAAAACUAAACUUGCAUAAUUUGUUUUUGCAGUAUUUAAUAAUAUGCAAUAAUUAAAUUAACCAAAAUUAAUAGAACCUUAUGAUUGUGAAAUUGAAGGAGAAAGUUCUAAUCGUGUAUUAAUUGGAGAGACUAGUCAAUUAUAUGAAAUACCUGCUCAUCCAGAAGUAUUGAUUAUAGUCGAAGUGUAAUUACCUGUAAGUAAGAAAUUAGAAGAGAAUAUUGGUAAAACAUAAUCUUAUGGAUGGACAUAAAUUGAUUUGUUUGAUUAAUAAAGAUAAUUGAAGAGAGGCAAAUUCAAAUGUCCAUUAUAUAAAGGACCAACAGAUGCUACUAUUACAAUUGAAAAUAUUGCUAAAUUGGAACCUAUUCCAAAUGCAUGGUUUCAUAUGAGAAUUACAUAUCCAAAUGAUGAAGAUUUAGGAUAAGUUAGAUCAAUUUAUCCAGAAUAGACUGCCAUGGAAUACAAUAUACCUUAUAUACAUUUGAGAAGUUUAUUUGAUAGAAAUUAUGAAGCUGCCAUUGAAGGAAAGGAGUAAAAUAAUAAAGAUAAUGGAGAAUUUAGUUUGAAUGGUUAAAAUUAUAAAGUAACUGAGGAAGUAGAAGUGUUUGGAAAUAAAAGAAAGGCUACUCCAUAAAUUAAAUAAUAUGUUUUAAAAGGAGAUAUGAAGAAAGGUUAUAGGGUUCAAAUACAUUUUAUUUAAAAUAAAAUAGCCAAUAAUUUUAUGAGAGUCAUGUGUGCAGCAUUGACUGAUUAACAUCUUAUGAUGGAUCCAAGUGGUUAACCAUUAGCAUUUAAUACUACUAUUCAUGAUCCUAGUAGUCCUAAUCCAGGAUAAAAUACAGAAUCUAAUCCAUUUCCACUUAUAGAAGCUGAUCCUUAAAUGAAAGGUAUCAGUAACAAAGCUGCUAGAUCAAUUUUGAUUGAAUUUAAUGAAGAAUAUAGAUUUUUUUACAAUUUUUAAGAAUAAGCUAUGAGUUCUGGAAAAGUAUUUUAUUAAUUGAUAUUUUUUAGACUAUUUACCUUGGAUUUUAAGUGGUAGAAAAGAAUGCCUCUUAAGGAGGAGCCAAUACUACAAUGACAAUGGGAGAUUAUGAAGUUAUUGGUUGGUCUUAUAUAUUAUUUGUCAAGCCUGAUGGGAGUGUUAGAACUGGGAGAAAUACUUUAAAUUUAUUUAAUCCACCUUUGAAAAGACCACCAUUAGAUGAAUCAAAUGUAAUUAAAGUUAUUUAUCUUAGUUAUCACAAUCAGGAAUUAAAUUAGAUUAUUCUUUGUAUGACUUUGAAUAUAAUGAUGAAGAUAUGAUCAAAUGGAAAAAUCAAAGAGUUUUUUGA